AUGUCUGUUGAAACCGCUUUGUCUUACGCCGCCUUGAUCUUGGCUGACUCUGAAAUCGAAGUCUCUUCUGACAAGUUGUUGACUUUGACCACUGCCGCCAACGUCCCAGUUGAAGGUAUCUGGGCUGACAUUUUCUCCAAGGCCUUGGAAGCCCAAGACUUGAAGAGCUUGAUGACCAACUUCUCUGCUGGUGCCGCCAGUGCCGGUCCAGUUGCCGGUGGUGCUGCUGCCGCUGCUGGUGGCGAUGAAGCUGCUGCCGAAGAAGAAAAGGAAGAAGAAAAGGAAGAAUCCGACGACGACAUGGGUUUCGGUUUGUUCGAUUAG